UCGGCUGAUGAGAGUAACUUACAAAUUACUCCCUCACAACCUACCAAACGAUAUAGAGAAGAUAAUCGGAACAUUUGUCAAUGUUCAGAUCAAAUACAAAUAAAGGAUUUGACUUACAAUGUAAAUGAUUAUUCUAACGACAAAGAUUUCAGGGAAAUGGCAGCGAGAAGAUUAUUGUUUUCCAGUGAGGAAAAGUGUCAAAUUGAACUUGAACAACUUUUUCCAAACGGCAAAAUGCCUUUCGUAAUGGAUCACAUUAAGUCUGAAGUAAAGAAUCAUAUUAAUCGUUCAAUAAGAAAGUUCCGCAAGCAAUUAUCUGUUUCCGAAUAUCCAGUUAACUUAGCUGAUGACACUAUCAAAAAGUUUUCUGACAUAAUUCAAUCCCAAGUCGAUGAUUUAUUAGAUAUCAACGAAUCAAGACUAAAUCAGGCCAAGGAAGACUACAGGCAAACAUGUGAACAGCUAAUGGCAGAAUACGUUGUACAAUUAAAUAAUAGUCUUCGUGGGGAGCCUGAAACGUUUUUUACAAUUACUUCCAAGUGCAGUGAUGUUAUAAUGAGUAAAUAUGAUCAAGAAAUCGCAAAAUUUCCGAAAUUCAUUAUUCAUAAUGACCGUAACAUUUUCCAAUCAAAUCUGAUUUCCAGGAAUUUAGCAUUUCGUAUCCAGUAUGACGAAUACUUGAAACAGUACAUGGAUGACUUCAAAAAGAAUGUAGAUGAUAUAUAUGAUAAUGUUAUUCAUGAAUACAAGCUCAAAGUCAAUACAAAAUUGCCAAAUAUACCAAUGUCAGAAGAAGAGCUAGCAACAUUAUUGUACGUUAACAAGGUCAAAUAUCAUUUGCUUUUUGACUCCGGCACUUCAGCUCUCCCUGGUCAGAAAAAGACUUCAAGAGUUUAUGUCCAACAACGUAAGAACGUCCUCGUGGUAAGAAUCAAUACGGAACAAGAUAACAUGAUCGGUUACAACAAAGAUGCUUCAAAGGAAUGUUGUAAUAAAAUAUGGGACGAAAAAGUUGAAUUUAUACGUGACAAAGUAAAGAAUGGGAAUUAUGAUACAUUGGAUAGGUUUCAUAAAGAUCUCAAUACUUUUAAAAACAGCUAUCUUCUUGCUGCUAGUGGACCAUCUAUUUAUUCCGUAUGGCAACAACGACUAAAAGAGAUAAACUCCUGGGAGGCCAAUAUCAGAAGAUCCAUUAUGGCAAUACCUCAUAAUGGCAAAAGUGUUGAAACCAUUUACAAUGAAAUUAUGAAAUCAACGCUCAUUCCCAUUGAUGAGUUGGCCAAAUAUUUAGGAAUAGCGUGGGCUGGAAGUGGACAUUACAGACGUACAGCUAGUGGUUAUAUGUGGUUUUGCACUAAGAAGGAUGUAGAUCGCAAGUACGCUUUACCAUCUUAUGUCUAUGAUUUCAAGUCUAACUUCAAAGAUUUAAUACCAUCCGACCCUAUUAUUGAGUACGUCAACCCACGUCAAGUCAAUACCACAAUUUAUGGACCUUACCCUACAGAUACUACUAUAACCAGGAACGUAGAUUACGCAGUAAAUGAGCAAGUAAUUUGGGAGUCGAGUAAGAAAUUCACUUUUAAUCAAGAGACUUCAGCCUCCUACAAGCAAGGUGUCAAGGAUAUAUGGGAAGCAUUUAUCAGUCUCAAAUUUGGAUUUUCGCAAGAAUUGUUCAAAAAAGAUGGUGGUACCAAAACCCUAACAAGAACUGAAACAAGCACAAAUCAAAUUAAUAUUCCAGCCGGAAAAAGAGUUGAGGUCACUUCAAUUAUCCACGACCAAUCAGUUUCCAUCAAUUAUAUUGCCACCUUUGUUGUUUCUGCAAGUUUAAAGAUGGAUGGUACCUUGUUAUGGGGAUCUGAGGGUCUGGAGAAAAAUUAUCACAAAGAUUAUCAAGGAGGAUCUCGAACUCAUUGGAGUCACAAUUUUGGAGAUAUUACAGAAAUCUACAAUCAAAUGAUGCAAAACAGCAGAGAACCAUGGCUUUGGGAUGAAUGCAAACGUGACCAUCCCAAACUUACUUCCGUAUUGGAACAGCUUAAAGAUUCCCAAAAUUAUGAAUUUAUUGUUUCCGGCACAUUUAAUGGAGUCAAUGGAGUCAGAAUAGAAGAUAAAAUUAAGGUCUUGAGUUAA